AACUCUAAAGCACAGAUGACUAAACAACCCAUGAUAAACUCAUAUAAUUUGUAUUGUAACAGCUUCAAGAAAGGAAAAGUUUUUGAAGAACAAUCCACCCGGGGCAGGAGCACCAGCACUUUUCUGGAGGCAGUGGAAAUAAACUCGGCCGUUCCAUCAAUUGAGAGUGAUCGUACUAGGCUGACAUACAGCACAAUUUACUCUAGAGUGUCUCGGUGCUCCUGCCCCGGGCGUUUCUGACGCAACAGCCGUGAUGGCAAGCGUUCAGUUGACGGACGUUCAGGUGGCGGACGUUCAGUUAACGGACGUUCAGGUGGCGGACGAUCAGAUGGCGGACGAUCAGUUGACGGACGUUCAGUUGAUGGACGAUCAGUUGACGGACGUUCAGGUGACGGAUGUUCAGUUGACGGACGUUCAGGUGGCGGACGUUCAGUUAACGGACGUUCAGGUGGCGGACGAUCAGAUGGCGGACGAUCAGUUGACGGACGUUCAGUUGAUGGACGAUCAGUUGACGGACGUUCAGGUGGCGGACGUUCAGUUAACGGACGUUCAGGUGGCGGACGAUCAGAUGGCCGACGAUCAGUUGACGGACGUUCAGUUGAUGGACGAUCAGUUGACGGACGUUCAGGUGACGGAUGUUCAGUUGAUGGACGAUCAGUUGACGGACGUUCAGAUGGCGGACGUUCAGUUAACGGACGUUCAGUUGAUGGACGAUCAGUUGACGGACGUUCAGGUGGCGGACGUUCAGUUAACGGACGUUCAGGUGGCGGACGAUCAGAUGGCCGACGAUCAGUUGACGGACGUUCAGUUGAUGGACGAUCAGUUGACGGACGUUCAGGUGACGGAUGUUCAGUUGACGGAUGUUCAGUUGACGGACGUUCAGUUGAUGGACGAUCAGUUGACGGACGUUCAGUUGACGGAUGUUCAGUUGAUGGACGUUCAGUUAAUGGACGAUCAGUUGACGGACAAUCAGAUGGCCGACGAUCAGUUGACGGACGUUCAGUUGACGGAUGUUCAGUUGAUGGACGUUCAGAUGGCCGACGAUCAGUUGACGGACGAUCAGUUGACGGACGUUCAGGUGACGGACGAUCAGUUGACGGACGUUCAGGUGACGGACGAUCAGGUGGCGGACAUUCAGUUGACGGACGUUCAGGUGACGGACGAUCAGGUGGCGGACAUUCAGUUGACGGACGUUCAGGUGGCGGACGAUCAGUUGACGGACGUUCAGUUGACGGACGUUCAGGUGGCGGACGAUCAGUUGACGGACGAUCAGUUGACGGACGUUCAGUUGACGGACGUUCAGUUGACGGACGUUCAGGUGACGGACGAUCAGGUGACGGACGUUCAGGUGGCGGACGAUCAGUUGACGGACGUUCAGGUGACGGACGUUCAGUUGACGGACGUUCAGUUGACGGACGUUCAGUUGACGGACGAUCAGUUGACGGACGUUCAGGUGACGGACGUUCAGUUGACGGACGUUCAGGUGACGGACGUUCAGUUGACGGACGUUCAGUUGACGGACGAUCAGUUGACGGACGUUCAGUUGACGGACGUUCAGGUGACGGACGAUCAGUUGACGGACGAUCAGUUGACGGACGUUCAGGUGACGGACGAUCAGUUGACGGACGAUCAGUUGACGGACGAUCAGUUGACGGACGAUCAGUUGACGGACGUUCAGGUGGCGGACGUUCAGGUGGCGGACGUUCAGGUGACGGACGAUCAGGUGGCGGACGUUCAGGUGGCGGACGUUCAGGUGGCGGACGUUCAGGUGGCGGACGUUCAGUUGACGGACGUUCAGUUGACGGACGAUCAGGUGACGGACGUUCAGGUGGCGGACGAUCAGUUGACGGACGUUCAGGUGACGGACGAUCAGUUGACGGACGAUCAGUUGACGGACGUUCAGUUGACGGACGUUCAGGUGGCGGACGUUCAGGUGGCGGACGUUCAGGUGACGGACGAUCAGGUGGCGGACGUUCAGGUGGCGGACGUUCAGGUGGCGGACGAUCAGGUGGCGGACGUUCAGGUGGCGGACGUUCAGGUGGCGGACGUUCAGGUGACGGACGAUCAGGUGGCGGACGUUCAGGUGACGGACGUUCAGGUGACGGACGAUCAGGUGGCGGACGAUCAGGUGGCGGACGUUCAGGUGACGGACGUUCAGGUGACGGACGAUCAGGUGGCGGACGAUCAGGUGGCGGACGUUCAGGUGACGGACGUUCAGGUGGCGGACGUUCAGUUGGUGGACGUUCAGUUGACGGACGUUCAGGUGACGGACGAUCAGUUGACGGACGAUCAGUUGACGGACGUUCAGUUGACGGACGUUCAGGUGGCGGACGUUCAGGUGGCGGACGAUCAGGUGGCGGACGAUCAGGUGGCGGACGUUCAGGUGGCGGACGAUCAGGUGGCGGACGUUCAGGUGGCGGACGAUCAGGUGGCGGACGUUCAGGUGGCGGACGUUCAGUUGACGGACGUUCAGGUGGCGGACGUUCAGGUGACGGACGUUCAGGUGACGGACGUUCAGGUGGCGGACGUUCAGUUGGUGGACGAUCAGGUGGCGGACGAUCAGUUGACGGACGUUGAAGUGGCGGACUUGAAUGACGGUUCUACUGUAGUAAUGGACUCUGCGGAUCCAUCCGUUGAGAGAAACCAUGCUUCUUUACUAAGACCGAUGAGAAGAAAGAAAGUCAAGAAGAACAUCAAGCGCUUUAAGGCCAGAAGGUAA